AUGGAAAAAGAUCAAGAGAAAGAUUCAAAGGAAGUCGGCGUCCAAACAGAGGAGCCAGAAGAAGAUGACGAUGAUGAAGAAGACUCUGAAGACGGAGAAAUCGAAGAAGAGCAAGCUGAAGAUGAUGACGAUGAUGAAAUCGAAGAAGAGCAAGCUGAGGAAGUCGAGCCAGAAGAUGAAUACGCUGAAAUACACGAUGAUGAGAACAUUAUUGUCACGCUCAAAAUAAUCAGGAACAUUCUACGAAUCGUUGCGUGUCCUGGUUGCCUCAAGAUUGGGGGACUGUGGCUGGCAGCUUUGAGUUUUGAGUAUGUACGUCUUCAUUUCGAGCUUGGAUGUAACAACUGCAACAAAUUCAAGUACAAGUGCUGGAUGACAGAAGAAGCGUUCAACAAAAUCUUCACAUUUGCUCAAAUUUUGAGCGGAAUAAAGGACAGCCAGAUGAAAAGAUUCUUAGCAACAAUAAGUUACGCUGCAAAAACUCGUAAUGGACGUGAAAUUUCUCCUGUUUACAACAACGACAUCAACUCAAAAGCUUCAAAAUGCAAAGAAACCGUCAAUCAAGCAGUCAUCCAAGAGUGUGAGGCUUCUAUGAACUCAAAAAUUCAAGAGUUCAUCGAAUUUCAUCAUGCCCAUCCUGGCGAGCGCGUUGCAGUAAGUCUGGACGGCAACUACAACGACCGCGGCCUUUUGCGUAAUCAAGCCCAGGCCUGUUUUGUAUCGCUUAUCGGAAUAAUGCAAGGCAAACCAUCAGUACUUGGAAGUGUCAUUCUCAAAAGAGCACAAGAAGCAAAAGAAGAAACCAUCAUUAAAAAUUCGAAAGGAAGAAUUGCUCCUCGUGGAACUCCUCCAAAUGCAUUGGAAGUCAUGGGUGUGAACAUUCUGUUUGAAGAAGUACUACAAAAAAUUCAAGUCGCUAUUCCAGAAAAGAAAAUUUACAUUUGCGCCGAUAAAGAUGCAAAAGUUCGAAGCGCAGAAACAAACAAAUAUAAAAAUGGGCCGAAGAAAGGGAUGGAAAUUUUGCCGAAAGAUUCUUUUCAAUGGACUUACGAUUCCGCGCAUCUUCUGAAAAAUAUAGUCUACCACGCUGAGAAAAAUUUGCCCAUCGGAAGUUCAAAAGACAGAUUCACAAAAAAACAAGUAACACAAGUUGGAACAAGGGUUCAAGAUGCCUCAAAACAUAUAAUGAAUAACGAUCUCUCUCUCGAAGAAGCGAAAUUGAAAAUGGAUAAAACACGGAGACACUCUUAUGGAAAACAUGAGCUUUGCGAUGAAAAUUGUCAACAACUUCCUGCGAUUCUUCAGCCUCAUGGAAAUCUAACGCAAGAAAAAAUAGAAGAACUAAUCGACGAACUUUACAGAAAAAAAUUUGGAGAAGAGUUUAUUUUAUGUCUUCUAAAUAACGGUUCAACAUCAUAUAACGAGUAUCUUCACAGCCUUAUUUAUAAUCGACACUUAUUUGCGAAAGGAGAUCCCGCUGGUCCCUUUACUCAGCGAUUUGAUGUUGCUUGCAAUCUUGGAAUUCUCAUUUACAAUUAUUCUCAAAAUGAAGCUAUCAAAAAAGUAUUCAAUCGACUUGACAUUGGAACUGGUGAAAUCGGCCUCAAAAGAAUGGAGAAAAUUGAAAUUAGACGAAAAGAAACAAAUAAGAAGCAUGUCACUCCUCAUAAAAAUUCAGUCAGACAGAAACGUCGGAUGUCGCAGAAACAAAAUCGUCAAUUUGGAACAUAUGGGAAUAGAGUGCAGCGAGAGAUCGACGAAAAACGGGCUGCGGCACUUGCAAAACUUGAAGAGGAAAAGAAACUUGUGAAUGUGAAGAAAAUUGAAGGAGAAAAGAAUAUUGGAGAAGAAAAGAAGAUUGAAGAAGAAAAGAAGAUCGAAGAAGAAAAGGAGAAUCUGGAAAACUUUUUGUAA